AUGCAUGCGAUUCUCUCACUCGGGGCAACCCACUACGACCUUACAAUACCCAGCAACUCUCACUAUAAUGCCAUGGCCAUUUCCCAUCGAGGAAAGGCCCUGAAGUAUCUAUCACUUGCUCUAGCAGAUAUCGAUAGCUGCUCGGCUGCUUCCUUGGACGGUAUAUUGGCCACAUGCUACGCUUUAGUCUUCCAGGCUUACUACAUGAACGAUGGUGCGAUUGAUUUUGCCGUCAUGGUACGUGGGUGCAGCCUGAUCACCACCCAUAUCCAACGAAGAUUCAAAGGCAGCAAAAUGUUCCUUUUACAGAACUCGGAGGAAGUCAUGCAAUUAAUAGAGCCAUGGCUAUCAAAGGACAUGCAUCCGAAUCAAGAUGACGUGAAUCUUUGCAUUAGGGACAUUGAACAGCUACACCCGUUUAUACACGACGGAAGCACUUUAUGCUUUUUUGAGUCCCUCCUCAAUACCUACCUCGCUUUCCAACACUCAAUUCAAGAUGCCUUCCGCUGCCUCGGUGAUGUGUAUAAAGUCUGGCAUUCGAUGGAAAAUCAAAAUUUCAUGAAUCUCAUUACCAGCACGAACAUUAUUUCCCGGGCGCUUUUCUUGCAUUACUUUGCAAUCGACACACUAAUGCGACCAUUCCUACUUCAUGUUCGAGGCCACAAACACCCGAGCUUGUCCGUUGGUGCCAUUGUGAUGGAACAAUGGGCAGAUGCAGCGUAUUAUGGGUUACCCGGCAAUAUCCAACGUUUGGUAAAGCACGAGGUCGAUCUGGUGCGCCGUGAGAAGGCAAACAUACCCCUCAUACUGAGAGAUGGUUCAUAG